AUCGCACCCUCAGCAUUUCUGCUGCCACAAGACGCGAUGGAUUUACACACUCUUCCAGAAAAGAAUGCAAAUGUAUACGGCCAAGGCCAUCUUCGUCACAACACCCGCAGGAGCACCCCGGCGUGGCGCACAGUCGGACUACUGGUGCUAUGUGCCUUUGGGGUGCGGGAGCUAGUCCACAAGGUAUCGCACACAUGGAUGUCCAGAUUCAGAGUCAAUGGGUUAGCAUAUUCUGGCGAAAAUAUCCGAUGGACGCCCUGUGGCGAGGUCAACAAUCACGAGGUGGAGUGCAGCACUAUACGUGUGCCAAUGGACCAGUUCAGCACGACCAACUCCGGAGACCAGGUCUUUAAUAUUCCGCUAUUCCGCCUGAGAGGAAACAAUGCUAAGGAAAGCAUUCUCCUAAACCCUGGCGGUCCCGGUGCUAGCGGCUACGAGUUUGUGUUCAACUACGGCAAAGAGCUGCAGGACAUUGUCGGCGAAGACUUUCACCUGCUCAGCUUUGACCCGCGCGGCGUCAACUCAUCCACACCGCUUGCUUCAUGCUACCCAGAUGAAGAGACGCGCCAACAGCUUGGAACGGUACGCAAGUCCGAUGCCAUCCGUGACAGUCCCGAGCUGUACGCAUGGUCGACAAACUUUGUCCGAGCGUGCAGAGACAGCCUGGGCGAGCACGGCAAGUAUCUCAAUACGCCGCAGACCGCUGCAGACAUGAACAGUAUCCUGGAGGCUAUUGGCCAGCGCGACAUGUUAUACUGGGGUUUUAGCUACGGUACCACACUCGGACAAGUAUAUGCGACUCUCUACCCCGAGAAAUCAAAACGCAUCCUCAUUGAUGGUGUUGCUGACCAGCGCGGCUGGUUUGAGGAACAACUCGACUCGACCAUGUUUAUCGACACAGACACUGUGCACGCAGGCUUCUACGACGAAUGUGUAAAGGCUGGGAAGGCCUGCCCGCUAAGUAAACACGGAAAGACAGGCCCAGAGCUAGCCGACAAGGUUGCCACCACGAUCAACAAGCUGCGCAACAGCCCUCUAAGCGUGUACAUUGAUACACAUACUCACGGAAUUCUUGAUGACUCCAAGCUCUGGAACGACGGCAUCUUCCGCGAACUGUACACGCCCAAAACUUGGCCGCGCCUAGCUAGUUCGCUGGCAGAGCUGUUGGAAGGCAACGCAACCAGCGCCUUUCUGAAUUACGGCCGCGGCGACCUGUUUCACCCACAAGGCGAGGCAUUCCGAGUUAUUGCGCUCAACGAUGCCGCGACUGGCCCAGAGCACUGGCCCCAAGAGCGCAAAGAACUGCUUCGCCUGCUUCUGCCGUGGUUCGACCAACAUCGCUUUGCUACUGCAUCGCCACAGCUGACAUACUACUUGAAGCAGCAGUGGGAUAUGCCGAAGUCGCACGAAUACAAGCCCGUGCAGCACGUGGAGACGGCGCAUCCGCUUUUGAUUCUGUCCAUGACGUACGAUCCCGUCUGUCCUCUAAAGGCCGCCGAGAUUGCUGCAAAGAUGUUUGAGGGCUCGCGCAUCGUCGAAGUGCAAGGCUAUGGCCACUGUUCCCUGGCGAUGCCUUCUGCUUGCGCUGCCAAGCACAUCCGUGCGUACUUUAGCCAUGGAACGAUGCCGGAGGAGGGUGUCAAGUGCGAAAUUAAUGCCGAAUAUUUCCCAAGUGCCUAAUUGAAAGGAUACGGGUGGUUUGCGUGUAUAUAGUAAGAUGAAUGCCGCCCUGUUGUAAAUAUUCUAAUAUGAGCGAUUGGAAAUUAACUACUCUGUUUAAGCGAGCGUGUACUCGAAGAAGAAACUCCGCUCCAACCUUAAGCUAGGAACUAACGUAAUUUACCAGUAAGUGGACCACUUCAGUAAGCGGCCCACCCAUAGCAGUUAGCAUCGCGAGUUUCAAGUAGUAUUAGAGCACCAAGGAAGAGUGUAUUUUUGCGAAGAAUCCGCCUCUUCUAUUUGCAGCAACAUGCAACGAUGGAGCACAUAAACGAAUAGCGUGGCCAGCGCGAGAGGCAAACGGUUUUGGAAUAAGCGCAACGGAUGGCGAUGGACAUAUUUCAACUUUCAAUCCGGAUGAGAACGAAUCGCCUCCCAUCUUCUACGCAUUUGGAGAAAGUGUGGAACUACAAGCUCAUGGUCACGCUCAAAUUGAUAAGUCAAGGACCGAAUUUAAAUCGGGAACUUCGUUUGCGACGCCACUGGCAGCAGGAUUGGUGGUAAACUUGUUGACAUGCGUCCGCAACUACAGCGAAUGCAUUAUAUGGUAAAGGUUAUGCGACAUUUGAU